AGAGAACACAUUCCAGGCGCGCAGACUGCGGACGGAACAAUAAGGGGUGGGACAAAAAAAAAACCUCUAUGCCUACAACUAUUUAAAAAUCUCUAAUCUCGAGUUUUAAUCGGGAACAGCAGCUGAAGGGUUCGUACUUAAAGGGAACCGAGUCUGAUCUGCCAGUGUGAAGCCAGUCAGAGCGGAAGGAGUCUGGCCCCAAACCCCGCGACCAUGUUCCUGUUUUAUCAGCGCAGAUUUGGACCCAGAUGAGAUAGACAACCAGCUCCGUGGCUCAUUUCUUUCUUUUUCCUAAUCGUUUAUUCUUUUUUUUUCUUUUUUACCACUAAUUUGUUUUUUUUGUUUUUUUCUUCCUAAUCGGGCUUUAGUUAGAAGCGCUGAGGGGAAACUUUUCUUUUUCUUAGAAACUGCGGCUGGUUCGUCAUCGAGAGCGCAGAUAGGAUGUGAGAUGAAACAUCUGCAGCUGGGCCCUCCAACUCCUUCAUGAGGCCACAUUCACCUCCUGUGCUGCUUUAAAAUGUCUUAUUCCAGAUUCCUGUGAUAUGGGCGACGUGUGGCGUUUAUAUCUGUCCAUUUAAAGAGGAGCAGAAAACAGUGAUGGGAGGGUCUGCUCUGCUCACGCUUCUGUUAACAGGAGUUUUUCUCUCGACUUCCAACAUUCAGGCAGAAACCCAUGAUGGCGGUGAAGAAGAGAUGCUGCUGUGUACCUGUGAGAACUCCAAAGGCACAUGCAACAAUGGGACAUGCAUAGGAGACUACUGUUUCUACACGUUGACAAAGGACAUAGAGGAAAGAGGAUGUUUCUCCAAAAAGCACUUUAGAGAGCAGUGCUCAGGCGCCUUCCCUGGCUUUUUUGUCCACUGCUGCCAAAAGGAAAAGUGCAAUGCCUUCAUCACACCACCUCCAAAUAUUAAUGGGGAGCCGACGCCACCCCCAGAGCUGCCCCGAACUGAGGUGUGGAUCGCUGUGUCUCUGCUGCUUCUUCUCACGUCUAUAAGCGUGUGUGGCGUUCUGCUAUUUCUGCGAUUCCGACGGGCGCCCUGCAAGCUGAAGGACCCCGAAGACCACGGUCUCAUGGUCAAAGUCCCCGCUGGAAACGACCCCACAUACGGUGAAAUUUUUGAUGAGUUUUGCACAUCAGGAAGUGGAACAGGCCUUCCAUAUCUGGUCCAAAGGACGAUGGCUAGACAAAUCUCGUUGGCUGAGUGUGUUGGUAAAGGCAGAUAUGGCGAGGUGUGGAGGGGGACGUGGAUGGGUGAAAGCGUGGCUGUCAAGAUUUUCUCCUCCAGGGACGAGCAGUCCUGGUUCAGAGAGACAGAGAUCUACAAUACAGUGCAACUGCGUCACGACAACAUCCUGGGCUUCAUAGCCUCCGACAUGACAUCCAAAAACUCCAGCACCCAGCUGUGGCUCGUCACUCACUUCCAUGAGCUGGGUUCACUCUACGAUUUCCUGCAGUACAGCAGCCUUGAGCCAGAGGGCUGUUUGAAGAUGUGCCUCUCAGUAGCCUGUGGUCUGGUCCACCUCCACACCGAGAUCGUCAGCUCCCAGGAGAAACCAGCAAUUGCCCACAGAGACCUCAAGAGCAGAAACAUCCUGGUGAAAAGGAACGGACAGUGCUGCAUCGCUGAUCUAGGUCUUGCUGUAAUGCACUCUCAGUCUCAUGACUACCUGGAUGUGGGCAACAAUCCUCGUGUAGGGACAAAGCGCUACAUGGCCCCUGAAGUGCUGGAUGAGACGAUUCGAGUCGAUGUCUUUGAGUCUUACAAGCAAACAGACAUCUGGGCCCUUGGUCUUGUUUUCUGGGAAAUAACCCGCAGAACUAUUGUCAAUGGGAUUGUUGAAGAGUACCGACCCCCCUUCUUUGACUUGGUGCCCUCAGAUCCAAGCUUUGAGGAGAUGAAGAAGGUGGUGUGUGUGGACCAGCAGAGGCCCAGCCUGCACAACAGACUCCACUCCCACCCAAUUCUGUCAACUAUUGUGAAGAUCAUGAAGGAGUGCUGGUUCCAAAAGCCAACGGCCCGCCUCACAGCCUUGAGGGUUAAGAAGACUCUUUCCAAGUUGGAUGUCGAAAGCGACUUCAGCAUAGAGAAACUCAAGCGUGACAUCUAAAUGAGAACACCCAAAAAAAUAUCAUGUAACAAAUCAAAAACCAACAGCAAAAGUUAAACGGCAUCAGCUUAGCCAAAAAACAGAUGUUUCCAUGAGCACUUAACUACAGCUAAUGUUUUGCGGGGGGUUGCAACAGCUAAUUUAUAACAGUUCUCCAAGCAGGAGGUCAUAAAGGGAAUUUCUUUACUCAUCAUUACGGGAUAAGAAAUUUUGGCCCAAUUACUCACACCUUUUAAAAUGGACUUUCCACAAUGACUCCAUUAUAACAGCACAAAAGUUUGACUUUGUCAACAACAUUCUUAGAACAUGUAUAAGAUGUUCAACUUAGGUUAUACAUGCAUUUAUUAAACAGACUGAAUUAUUAAGUUGUACAUAUUUUAAAAGAAUUGACGCUUGUAGGGAUUCAGUGGUUAUUUACAAUAUUGAUAAGUGUAAAUAUAUUUCAAGAGAUGUUAUUUUCUUUAUUAAAGCACAUUUUAUACACAUUUUUUAUCGCAUUGUUUUAAAUUCAUUUUGUAUUGCUUCUGUAAACCUUAAAUGUACCAUCACAACCACUAUGGUCAAUGUAGCAAAUCACACAAUGACAUGCAAUGUUGUAAACCUUUAAUAAAGCUUUGUAUUUUGUAAAUAAACUA